GCUCUCACCUGUGUAUUGCCUAAAUUUUAAACUUUACUUUGAAUCCGGAUUCCUCUGCAUUGAGCCUACUGACAUCGUUACUUCCGUCUUUCAGUGCGUGUUUUCUAGUUCGCUCUGGUUCGCUCUUUUUCCGGUGCGUCAACCCUAAACGAGUGUCAAGAUGGGUAAGCGCAACAACAUGAUCCCAAAUGGGCACUUCCACAAGGAUUGGCAACGAUUUGUCAAGACCUGGUUUAAUCAACCAGCGCGCAAAUAUCGCCGAAGACAGAAUCGUGUUAAGAAAGCCCGCUCUGUUGCUCCCAGACCAGCUUCUCUGCUGAGGCCUAUCGUCCAUUGCCCAACAUUCCGCUACCACUCCAAGGUUAGGGCAGGCAAAGGAUUCACCUUAGAGGAAUUGAAAAGUGCUGGGCUUAACAAAAAGUUUGCCAGAACUAUUGGUAUUGCUGUUGAUCACCGCAGGCGUAACAAGUCCGUUGAGACUUUGCAGACAAAUGCUCAGCGCCUGAAAGAGUACAGAGCCAGGUUGAUUCUGUUCCCAAUCAAUGAAAAGAAGAUCAAGAAGGGAGAGGCUACAGAGGAGGAACGUAAGGUUGCAACUCAACUCAAGGGUGAGGUCAUGCCUGUUAGACAUCAAGCACCUGCCAAAGCCAAGGCACGCGUCGUUACAGAAGACGAAAAGAAGUUUUCUGCUUACAUAACACUGCGCAAGGCUAGAGCAGAUGCACGCCUUGUUGGCAUUCGAGCGAAACGUGUUAAGGAUGCAGCUGAAAAUCCUGACGACGUUACCAAGGCUCCUAAGGACAAAAAAGCCAAGAAGUAAUUUAGGUGCGCAUUUUCGCUUACAAUAAUAAAGUAAUUGAAAAAAAAAGUCAAGCAUUAUGGUUUGUCAUUCCACCAACUGUCCCGUUAUUGGGGAGAAUAGAAUAAUAGUUCAGAGUGAAUAGAAAGAACAGAUAAGUAGCUCAUAAGUUCUAAGCAAAAAUAAUUCAAGAUAGACCGAAGCACAUUCAUAAUAGUAGGUAAAAAAUUUUCUGAGUUUAGCGGGAUGUAGGGGUACUGAAAGCAAUUAAAAUUCAUAGACCCUCACGUUUCAUUUUGAAGAUUCCCUUAUUCCAACGUUACACAUAAUAUUACACGUCAUGUAUGCAUAUACCUAAAUAGAUUUGAUAUGCUUAUUAUGA